AUGUCUCGAAGUGGUCGAGCUAAUUCGGUGUCGGCGCCCUUGUCGCCGGACCUUAUCGCAUUUCUUCGUGAGUCCAUGGAAAAGGACCUCUUGUAUGAUCCACCCUAUGUAUUCGUGAUAUUCGGUGCAUCUGGUGAUCUCGCUAAGAAGAAAAUUUAUCCGACGCUGUGGUGGCUAUAUCGCGAUUCUCUCCUGCCGUUGAACAUAACCAUUGUCGGCUAUGCUCGUUCGGAUCUGACUAUGGAGAAGCUGAGGGAAUCGUUUGAGAAAGCUUGCAAGGUACACGACAAUGAAAAGAAGAAGUUCGAGGAAUUUAUGAGCAAAUGUGCAUAUAUGAAGGGCAAGUACGAUGAGCCAGAAGGAUUCGAGAAACUGGCCAGUUUUGUUGAUGAAAUUCAAAAGAAGAGUAAUGAUCAACCGGUCAAUCGACUGUACUAUCCUUGCGUUGCCACCAACUGUUUUCGAGGUCGUGACGUCCGAACUGAACCAACAUUGCAUGGAUCAUGGGAUCAACUUUACCGGAUAGACCAUUAUCUUGGCAAAGAGAUGGUGCAGAACUUGAUGGUACUAAGGUAA